CCCGCCCCGCUCCUGCCGGGACGACCCGGGCGGCGAGUGCUUGGCUAGUGUGUUCCUACAGUUGGCUACCGCCGAGGCCACCCCGUGAGCGGACUUCAUGGCGGCGCGGCCGCUGUUCCAGAUGCUGCGGCGGCUCCUGAGGUCCAGCGCCCGGAGCUGCAGUUCGGGAGCUCCGGUGACGCAGCCCCGCCCCGGGGAGCCCUCGCGACCCGCCGUGGAGGAGGUGUCCCCACAAAGGCAGUUCCUGCAGAAGCAUGCAGCUCCCUUCUCAGCCUUCCUCACGGACAACUUUGGUCGGCAACACAGCUACUUGCGGAUCUCCCUCACUGAGAAGUGCAACCUCAGAUGUCAGUACUGCAUGCCCGAGGAGGGUGUCCCACUCACCCCCAAGGCUGACCUGCUGACCACAGAGGAGAUCCUGACCCUCGCCCGGCUCUUUGUGAAGGAAGGCAUUGACAAGAUCCGGCUCACAGGCGGAGAGCCGCUCAUUCGGCCAGAUGUGGUGGACAUCGUGGGUGAGUUGGACGAAAGUGGCCACUACUACUCCCAGUUCCUGCCCCAUCUGGCUGGACUUCAACAUGAAUAUCAAUAUUGA